GGAGAACGAUAUGAUGUGGUAUUAAAAAGAGAAAGAACAGGAAGGUUAGUAGGGGGAACAGAAGAAGUUGCGAGAAUAGGGGAAGGAAAUGGGGAGGGAGAAAAAUUUGGGCCAGUGGAGGAAAUUGAAGCCGUAGCAGGGGAAAUAGGAGAA